AUGACUUCAUACAAUCUUGUAAACGGUGUCUUUAUGUCUGAGAACGAAGAAUUGCUACAAGGCCUCCUUCGUAAAGAAUGGGGGUUCCAAGGCACCAUAGUUUCCGACUUUGAGGGCAUCUACUCGACUGUUCCCUCCGUGAUCGCCGGCGUUGCCCUCGAGCUUCCUGGUCCAGCUCGAUUCCGCGGUGAUUAUCUUUUCAAGGCAGUUGAAAAGGGUCAGAUUACAGAAUCUCAAAUUGAUAACUUGGCCAAGGAUGUUGUCAGGCUGGCAAAAAAAGUCGGAAUGAGAAGCGAAGCAAGCGCAGAAGAGGAUAUCGUCAAGAACGAUGAAACUGCAACCCUUGUUCGAGAAAUAGCGACCGAAGGAAUUGUUCUUCUCAAAAAUGAGAAUAAUCUUCUACCAAUUUCAUCAUCCAAAAAUCUCAGGAUCGCAGUUUUCGGUUCUCCAGCGGCCGCCCCAAUCAUUCAUGGAGGCGGCAGUGCAUCACUGACCCCUUCCUAUGUUGUUUCGCCUCUUGAAGCUCUGGAGAGGAAAUUUGGCAAAGAAAACAUCCAACACCAUCAUGGUGUUCCGAUCUUUAAGAAGAUUCCCUCAGCACCUCUUUCAAGGAUGACAGCUCCAAGCAACGGACAACCUGGGGUGGAUUGCUAUUGGUAUAAUGGCUGGACGUUUGAGAACCAAAUAUAUCACGAGAUUCUUGAAGCCACUGAGACCCUUGUCAUUGAAUCCCGCAUUUCACAACUCGAGCCGAAGCACUGCAGCCGCAUGAAAUUCACUAUAUCGCCUGAAACAACGGGUACUCACACUUUCGGAGUCACAGCAUGCGGGAAAACUGUGCUUCGCGUGGGAGAUGAAGUCAUCCUGGAACAUUGCGGAUUUGAGGACUGUCGAGUGGAAUAUGUCAUGCAACCUGGUGACUACGAAGUGCGAGCUGACCUCCAUAUGAAGGCUGGCUGUGCUUAUGAAGUGACAAUUGACACCCUGUCUACAACGGCGCCCAUCCCAUCGCCAAUCUUCAAGAUCACUCCGCAAGCCACUCGUGCGGGUUUCUAUGAGAACUUGAAUAGCCCUAUUGAGCAAGAUGUCACAGAUUUGGCCUCUAAGAGUGAUAUUUCUAUUGUCUUUACCGCGAAUAACAAAGAGUACGAAUCCGAAUCUUUCGAUCGCUCCUCGCUAUCAUUGUCGCCUCCGCAGGAUAAGCUAGUUCAACUUGUCGCCGGUGCAGCUCAAAAGUCCAUCUUGAUAAACCAGACGGGCUCCCCAAUUGCAAUGCCCUGGGUUGACGAGGUUGAUUCCAUUCUUCAAUGCUGGUAUGCCGGUCAGGAAGUUGGAAAUGCGCUUGUGGAUAUACUUAGCGGCGAUAGCAACCCCUCUGGCAAGCUUCCAGUGACUUUUCCACGGCAAAUUGAAGACACUCCUUCUUUUGGGAACUUUCCCACUGAUCAGCAAAUGAAAAUUCGUUACGAAGAACGACUCGAAAUGGGUUAUCGUGCAAGAAACAAGCCAUCACCAUUGUUCCCCUUUGGUUGGGGACUCUCAUACACCCAAUUCAGAGUGGAGGACUUUGCUUUGAAAAAUAACUCUAGUGCUUCGUCUCUGUGCAUCACUGCGACAGCAACGGUCAUCAACACUGGUUCUGUCCGAGGUCGAGAGGUGAUUCAGGUCUAUGUGGAUGGUGUGCUGAAAGGCUUUCAAAAAGUCUUUGUGGGUGCGGGUGAAGAACGAAUCGUCGAUAUCGUUUUGGAUAAAUAUGCUUUCAGUGAGUGGGAUCCGGAGCAAGGGACAUGGGUUGUAAGGGCUAGGCAGUAUGAUGUCGAUAUUCGGAGUGAUGCGAACAUGGUGAUUGCUUCCAGAAGUCAUACAAUAGAGAAGUCGUUUUGUUGGAAUGGCCUCUAA